AUGUCGUCAGAGGGAAAGACCACUCAAUUUAACACCCAAUUUCGAUAUUCGCUUAAAAAACCGAAACCGGAAGAAGGCUAUGAAGCACAAAAUGUCUGUAAUAUCAUUGAAAAGUCGCCGUUCAAGCUUCAUGGAUGGAUUACGGUCGGAAUGUUGGCUGUGGCAAAUAUGGGAAGCACAAUCUCGUUUAGCUGCAUUGCUCCCUUUUAUCCUGGAGAGGCAAAAGCCAAGGGGCUCACCGAGUCAGAAACAGGAAUCAUUUUUGGAAUCUUCGAGCUCGUCAUCUUCUGCCUUGCACCACUUUUUGGAAAAUUGAUGCACCGUAUUGGCUCCAGGAGGAUGUUCAUCGCCGGAAUAACAAUCACUGGGAUCUCUACAAUUUCUUUCGGGUUUUUAAAUUUCUUACCUGGGCGACUAUUUUUCUGGGCUUCUCUAACGAAUCGUAUCGUUCAAGCAUUUGGCGAUGCAGCUUUUGUUACUUCAUCACUUGCAAUCGCGGCUAGAGUCUUCUCCGGGAACGUGGCUUCAAUUGUGGGUAUUCUUGAGACAUUUGGCGGAUUGGGCUUCACUCUCGGCCCACUCAUUGGCGGUUUUCUUUAUGAUGUUGGUGGCUUUCAAGUUCCCUUCAUCCUUCUCGGGAGCAUCUUGCUGUUAACAACAAUUUUGAGUAUAUAUUUAUUAGAGGAGCCAAAGGAGACGGAAGAAGAAAUCGAAGAAGAACGCGGUAUCCUGGACAUGAUCCAAAUCCCGUGGGUGUUCUUGAUGGCUUUCUCCGUUGUCAUUUGCUCGAUUGCUUUCGGUUUCUUGGAUCUCAGCUUGGAGAGUCGAUUGAAAGAAUUCUCUCUUUCUCCAACAAUGAUUGGAGUGAUGUUCUUUUUGUGUAGCGCCGUCUACACUCUGUUCGCACCAUUGUUAGGGCUUUUAAUUGAUAGAUUUUCCCUCUCUGUCCCAAUGCUCGUUUUUGCCGGCCUAUUCACAGGGAUUUGUUACCUAAUCAUCGGGCCAUCACCUUUUCUUCCAAUACCAAACAACCUGCUCGUCGUGGCGAUCGCUCUUGCUAUCCUUGGCAUUUCCGGAGCCGCACUUUACAUUCCAACUUAUCAGAAUUGCUUGGAUGCCGUCAAAGAACACGGCUUUGAAGACAACACUUACACUUACGGUUGUGUCUCCGGGAUCAUGCAGAGCACUUUCGCUUUGGGUGGAUUUCUUGGACCAACGAUUGGUGGCGCGAUGAUGCAAUCGAUCGGCUUUGCUUGGACAACUUCGAUCUUCUCGUCGAUUUAUUUCAUAUUUAUCAUCAUGCUUCUCUCCUACACAACCUACCGAAGUUGUCGACAAAAACACAAUCAACUAGUCGGCCAAUCC